ACAACCCCCGCGAUCUCGAGGUUCAGAAGGGUCCUUGUCUCCCUUUCACUGCUCGGCUACAGACUGACUACUCGGCCCCUCCACCGCAGCCAUGGUUGGUAAAGCGAUAGUGUUGUCGCUUUUUGCGGCAACUUGCCUGGCAUCCCAGGCCACCAAGCCCGUUGAAGAGAAGGCGCCCAUCAUCCCUGGGUUGUACAUUGUCGAAUAUGAGGAAGGGCAAAUGGACACGGCCACACUCAGCAACGAGAUUGCAUCUGACGCGCACGUCAAGAUGAAUCUCGACUUCGAGCUCUUCAAGGGAGCGUCGAUUCAGUUCCACGACAGCGCCCACGUCGAGGAGACGGCGGCCAAGAUAGCCGAAAUGCCGGCCAUCAAGCGCAUGUGGCCGCAACGCCUGUACAGGAUUCCUGAUUACCAAGUCAGCUGGGCGGGCGACAUGCCUGAUGCUCAGGCAAAGGCUGUGAUGAGGCGCCAGAGCGACGGCAACGACACCUUUACGCCGCAUCUCAUGACUCAAGUCAACCAGUUGAGGAACAAGGGUGUUGUGGGCAAGGGCAUCAAAGUUGCCGUGAUCGACAGUGGAGUCGACUGGAAGCAUCCGGCUCUCGGCGGUUGCUUUGGACGACCCGAGUGUCUUGUGUCCUUUGGAUACGACCUCGUCGGUGACGCCUACAACGGCACCAACACGGCCGUCCCCGACAAUGAUCCCAUGGACUGCGGUGGACAUGGAACCCAUGUCAGCGGUAUCAUUGCCGCUCAGACCAACAACCCUUUCGGCAUCAUCGGCGCGGCCACGGGGGUGACCAUGGGCCACUACCGUGUGUUCGGGUGCGAGGGUUCUGCCAGCGACGACGUUCUUAUCCAGGCUUACAACAUGGCCUACCAGGAUGGGGCCGACCUGAUCACUGCUUCGAUCGCCGGCUCUUCGGGCUGGCCAGAGCAAGCCUGGGCUGUUGCCGUCACGAGGAUCGUCGACAAGGGAGUCCCCUGUGUGAUUUCGGCUGGCAACGACGGAGCCACGGGCAUGUUCUUUACCAGCUCGGCGGCCGAUGCCAGGGGUGCCACCGCCAUCGCCUCCUUUGACAACUCGGUUACGCCCCAGCUGUUGAGCAACGCAACAUAUCGCGUCGGCGGCGGCCAACCAGUGUCCUUUUCCUACUCGGCUGGAUCGCCAGCCAAAUGGGGCAACGUCACAAAACAGCUUUGGGCUGUCAACUUCAACACCAACGACACCCAGAACGCCUGCGACCCACUCCCGGCCAACACUCCGGACCUCAGCAACUUCAUCGUGCUGAUUCGUCGUGGUACCUGCCCCUUCACCCAGAAAGCCACCAACGUCCGCGCCAAGGGUGCCAAGUAUGUUUUCUUCUACAACAACGUCCCCGGAACCUUGUCCAUCAGCGUCACCGCUGUCGAUGGCAUUCUCGGCGCUGCCACCGUCAGCGCCGAAAUCGGAAAGUCCUGGAUUGCAGAGUUGGCAGCCGGCCGCAAUGUAACCCUGGAAAUGACGGAUCCUCUUACCGCUCCCAAGUUCCUGCUUAGUGCCCCCAACUCGGCCACGGGAGGUGCUCCCAGUACCUACACCAGCUGGGGCCCGACGUUCGAGGGUCAGGUGAAGCCCCAGGUUGCCGCCCCUGGCGGAAACAUCUUGUCGACAUACCCUCUCGCCAAGGGUGGCUACGCCGUCUUGUCGGGAACCUCCAUGGCCUGCCCGCUGACGGCCGGCGUCUACGCGCUGAUCAUGAGCGUCCGCGGUAUCAAGGAUCCCAAGACCCUCGAGAACCUUGUUGCGUCGACCGCCAAGCCCACCUUGUUCAACAGCGGCUCUACGUCAGCCAGCUACCUGGCCCCUGUUCCGCAGCAGGGUGCCGGUCUCAUCCAGGCCUACGAUGCUGCCUACACCACGACCCUGUUGAGCGUCAGCAGCCUCGCCUUCAACGACACGGACAACUUUGCGCCGGUGCAGAACUUUACCAUCAGCAACAAGGGCUCAAGCUCCGUCACCUACACCCUCUCGCAGCGUGGCGCAGCCACCGCCUUUACCUUCUCGUCCAAUGCCUCUAACAUUACCCCCGAGGUCUUCCCCAACGAGCUGGUCGCCAACUACGCCAACCUCAAGUUCAGCGAGGAGAAGCUAGAGGUCGGCCCCGGCGGCAACGCGCAAAUUGCCGUGACCGUCACACCCCCCUCCGGCCUGGACGCCAGACGCCUCCCCGUCUACUCUGGUUACGUGACCAUCAACGGCACCGACGGCUCCUCCUUCUCGCUGCCGUACAUGGGAAUUGCCGGUAGCAUCCACGCUCAACGCACACUCGACCCGCAGCAGACUUUCCUGUCGAGCAACCAGAUCCCACGCAACUUCACCGAGGACAACCCGCCGCGCGUCCCGGCCGGACACCAGUUUGACCUGCCGCCGCAGGGACAGGCAAACAACACCCAGUACGUGCUCGUCUCGGAGAUGCCGCGCUUCAGCAUCAACCUGGCCUGGGGCACGCCGCUGCUGCGGGCUGAUGUGGUCGCCCUCGGUGGCAACUCGACCGCGGCCGAGCAGCCACUCGCAGAGACCGAGGUCCUCGGCCUCAAGACUGUGGGCAGCCUACAAUACUUCCCCCAGCGAUACCAGGCGCGAACCAGGAGCUUUGUCAGGUGGGAUGGUAUCCUGGAUUCAGGAAAGUACGCUCCCAGUGGACAUUACAAAAUCGUCUUCAGGGCACUGAGGGUCUUUGGCAACAGUGAGAAGCAGGACGAGUACGAUGUUGUCGAGACAGUGCCCUUCAAGAUUCGGUAUAUCAACAAAUAGGCCUCGGGACCUGUGGUCCUUCCGCCGGUCAGCCAAUUGUUUAUCUACCCCAACCAACAACAGCUGCAUGUAUAUAAUUUUAUAAUUCGUCUCCUGGUUACAUAUUAGACAUAUAGAGAUUCAUUUGUUCUUUAC